AGAUCAGUAGAACAACUUCCGUUUUAAAACUAUUUACCGGGUAAAAGUUUCAAAAAUGUCCGUAUUAGACGAGAAAAAUAUUUAUAUGGAUAAUGAUUCGUUGGAGAAUGAUAGGAAUAGGAAAUACAAAUUAGAUACAGUCAAAGAAGCGAAAAAAAAAGAAAGAGAAGAGAAAAAAUUAAAAAAACAACAAGACCAACUAAAGAGACAGUAUGAAAGAGAAGUAAGGAAACAGACAAAGCCUGGAGAAUGCCAGAAAUUGCUAACAGCUUUAAUUGAGCCAUCAGUCAUUAAAUUAUCAUACGGUCCUGGAAUUCUUGAUUCUUUGACAAAACAAUCGAUUAAGUACGACAUUCAGGAGCAACCGAUAGCAGGCUUAAUUACAUUCGUACGUCAAAUAUCGAGUCUAAAACAAAUAGAUGGGAAAUUGGAUACAGAUCUAAGCGAACAGUUGGAAAAAAAUGCACUAUACUUAAUGAGUCUAGAAGAAUUUUUAAAUUGCGUUAGUGCCAAUAAUAAACCCAUAGAAGGCUCCCCACAAUGUAAUUUAAGUCGCAGAAUAUUGUAUCUAAACGAAAUAACUCGUCAUCGACAGCUAACAGUAUUUGUAAAAGGCUUAGACGAUCAUUACAGAGAUCAACGUCGAAAAGAAAACAAAGCUUAUAAAGCCAAGUGUCAAGGAAAUCGAAAAAAUGAGUAUAAUUCAACAUUUCAAGUAACCAAAAACGAAAUCGAUCAAGCUUUAAUCGAAAUUCAAAUAAAAUUUAACGUUAUAUUUCGGUUUUUCGAAAAAGACGCCGAUAUUGCAACAGCAAUAGCUCAUUAUGCAAAAGCCAUCGCUGAGUACCCUUUUAAAAAGCAACGGAUGGAGUCUAACUUUUCAUUUCAUGCAGAGAGUAGCGGAAGCUUACGCGUAGCCGAUGACGGCUCUGGAGUUUCUCACAUUUGGAAGAAUCAAUUGCAACAGUUUAAAAACGUCAGUACGGACGUAGCCAACGCCAUAGUCUCACACUAUCCAACGCCAUCCAAUCUACUACAGGCAUAUGAACGCGUACCUAUUACUGAGGCGCAGCAUUUAUUGCAAAAUAUCGAAGUGAGAAGGGGAGCUGGCUUAGUAUCUACGAGUCGAAAAGUUGGAAAGGAGCUAUCUAAAAAACUGCAUACGUUUAUAACAUCUCAAUCGGAUAAUAUUAUAGUCCAAUAG